AAGGAGGGAGGGCAGGAGGGAGGGAGCGACGGAGGGAGGAAACUUGGGGCAGGUGACACCGCGCUCGGUUCCUCCGGCUCGGCGGGAGACGGCUCCUCUGCGCCUCGCGGGUGGGCAGCGCCAUGCACGUCAAUGGCAAGGUGGCUCUGGUCACCGGCGGGGCUCAAGGCAUCGGCCGAGCCUUCGUCCAGGCGCUGCUGGGCAAGGGAGCCAAGGUAGCGCUUCUGGACCGCAACCCCGAGGCUGGGCAGCAGAGCAAGGCAGCCCUGGACGAGCAGUUCGAAGCGCAGAGGACGGUAUUUAUCCAGUGCGACGUUACGGAUACGGAGCAGCUGAAAGGUGCUUUCAAAAAAGUAAUCGAGCAUUUUGGAAGGCUGGAUAUUGUGGUUAAUAAUGCUGGAGUGAACAAUGAGAAGGACUGGGAAAGCACUAUACAAAUAAACUUGACAUCUGUGAUUAGAGGAACCUACCUUGGUCUAGAAUAUAUGAGAAAAGGAAAUGGAGGUGAUGGAGGAGUAAUCAUUAACAUCUCAUCAUUGGCAGGACUCAUGCCUGCUGCAUUCCAACCUGUGUACUGUGCUACAAAGCAUGGUGUAAUUGGAUUUACACGCUCAAUAGCAUUAGCUGCUAACAUGGAAAACUAUGGUGUGAGACUCAACACAAUUUGUCCAGGAUUUGUCAACACACCAAUUCUUCAGUCAAUAGAUAAAGAAGAGAAUAUGGGACAAUACUAUUCAUAUAAGGAUGAGAUCAAAAAUAUGAUGCAGUUCUACGGAGUGAUGGACCCAUCAAUAAUUGCUGAAGGACUGAUAACAAUAAUUGAAGAUGAUACUCUGAAUGGAGAAGUUAUGAAGAUUACAGCAUCCCAAGGGAUUCAUUUUCAAGAGUACAACCAAACACCUUAUACGUCAAAGAGAUAAAUCUAAUUGUUUUACUCGGAUUCACUUUUGAUUUUUAAAAUCUAAAAAAUGUUGGGAAAACUUCUGGAAAAAUGGUUAAUGAUGUAUCUAAAUCAAUGACAGUAUUCCAACAUUCACACCCUAAUUGCAGAGAAAAUCCAAUCUGGGGAAAAUGUUAUCAAAUUAUUUUGAUUCCAUUUACACAAGUAUUAUUUAUUCAGUAGAAUAUGUUCACUGCUCUAAAGAUUUCUGAUUGUAUAGUAGCGAGGGCCAGUUUUUUCCUUCUUGUAUUUCCGUGCAAUUAUCCAGUCUACAUACCCCAUGCAUAUCUUGGUGAACCUGACUUAGUAUAAUUCUUUUCACAGAAGUAAAUGUAUUAUUAUAUACAUCUUGAAUUCUUCAAACCAGGAAUUCAGUACAGGAUAAACCUUUGAAAAUAAGAAUUUACUUUAUCCUAAAUAUACACACAAAAAUAGAACAAGAGGCAAAAUUCUUGUUCCUCAUUUAAAUAUGCAGAUGAAUAUGUAGCAUAUCAUACACAGAAGAACAUUUUUUUUUUUCCUCUUGGAUUAUACCUAUUUAUAAACUAUUUCUAAAGUAUUUUUGUUUUCUUUUUCAGAUAUAAAUAUAAAUAUAUAUAUAUGUAUAUACAAGGAUGAAUACUUUGGCUUUGAUUGUAUUUUCUGUUUACAUGUUAAAUCUCACUUUGUGAAUCUUUAAUUUCCUGCCUUGACUAAUUAAAACCUGAAUUAAAUCCUGA